GACCCCUUACAUGUAUGUUUGUUGAAAUCCGUCAUUUUAACUACUUAACUCACUUAUUAUAUUUAGAGAAAGAGCUAGGCUUAUGAUCCCCUAUUGGAUAUUGGAAUUUUCAAACAAUCGGAUCAUCCUCCAUCUUGGAAUUUUUGUUUCUGUGAUUUUGAAUGUUAUGAUUCGAAUUUCAGCCCUCAAUUUACUGUUUUUCACAAUAAAAAGAGGUUGAUUAUGGAAAUGAAUAGCUAAGUUAACGAUGGACCGACCAGAUGAUGAUUCAGUUCCAAAAUGCACUAAAAAGGAAAAUACAACAGUCGCAAUGGGAGGAAAGAUAACUCUUGAGAGGUUUGCUGGAAAGGCAAAGGAUGGCGAAAUGGACAUGGAACUUGGAGAAGAUGCAAGAGUGGAUGGAAGAAAGAUAAAGAAAAUAAAAUUACGAAAAAGAGACAAAUAUGCUAAAGAUUAUGCUCGAAGAGAUAUAACAGAGUACAGAAAGGGAUACCCAGAGCAGAGAGAUGUAAAGACAAUGAGAAAGAACCUCCAGUUCUACAAUAAUAAAAUACAAUCAAGUCCAAAUGGUGCAUAUAUUGAUACAAUGCUAGAAGAAUGGCAUGGUGACUACAAACGUUUAGAGCAACACCAUGGGUAUAUACAAUGGUUGUUCCCCAUCAGAGAGAGGGGAAUGAACUGGGAGGCUCAAGAACUUCAAAAGUUUGAGGCAGAGGCAAUCAAGAGAGAUCCAAAUACCCAUGGUAGAGUGUUAAAGGCCUACAAAAUGAUGCUACAUUUCUAUGGAAUGAAACUCAUUGAUGAAACAGAGACAACGGAUGGAAGAAUAGAGAGACAUGACAACUGGGAGUUGAGAUUUCAAAAUUUAAAUAGAUCUACACACAAUUAUCUCAGAAUUACUCGAAUACUAAAAUCUCUCGGAGAACUGGGUUUUGAAGAUUUAAAAAUGCCAUUUGUGAAGUUUAUUCUCCACGAGGCUCUAAUUGAACAGACUUUAGAUAAUACCAUUGAUAGUUGUCUCCACUUCUGGCUUGAAACAAUAAAGAAUAAGGAACACAGACAAAUACUGAAACAAUUCGUUAAAAAAUAUGUGGAAGAAUAAAUUUGAUGAUAUCAAAGGUACAGUUUGAGGCACAGAUAAAAUUUGAGGCCACGAAAUAUAUUGAGGAUUAAUAUUGAGACUUAAGUUUGAGGCAAGAUUAAAUUACAUGGAAUAAAUUAAAGGCAAGGAAAUAUAGUGAAAAUUUAGUCAGUUGCGAAUAAAUAAAAUCUGAGGAAAAGAAUAGAUUGAAGGUUUAAGAUUUGGACAAAGAAACAUGGAAGAUUUAAUUGAGGCAUAGUUUUACAACAUUAUAGUAUGUGACUAAAAGAUUUUAUACAGAUGCAUAUGGUUAACUCCUUAAAAACACAUCAAUAAGGAAUGGCUUAAUAUUACAUAGUGCAACUUAAGAACUGGGGUAGAGGAUAACCCUAUGCUAUAUGGUAGAGGAUAACCCUUUACUACAUGGUAAUAUAACUCUUCAUAUCUUGUCAUUUUGAAUUAAGCCUGUACUAGAAUUAGGGUUAGCAUAGAAUUGAAUUAUGAUUCCUUACCUUUCAAAUCUCUGAACAUAUACUUGCUUUAAGGAACAUGAAUAGUGCCUUCCUAUUAAUUAUAAUUUUUAAUGAAAAUCGAUAUAUGAAAAUACUAAUCACUUGAACAAGACAAUAUAAUGAUUUUAUGGUGAAAUUCUGGUUGAUGCUUUUUAUUGCUUUGUAUUUUAGCCUUUUGUGUGACACAUUUGUGUUUUUUAAAAUGCAAAAACUGAUUAUUUAUUUCUGCUCUUAUAAAGAG